AUGAGUGAAAUUGAGUUAUUGGGCCUCAUAAAAAGUCAGUCGGAUUCCAACAAUGACACGAGAAAAAAGGCUGAACUUUCUUUCAUUGACCUUUCAAGAAGAGAGCCAUCCAUGGUGAUGAAUAGCUUGAUUAGUAUCGGCUCCCAAUUACAGAUUGACUUGCCUUUUAGGCAGGCUGCUUUGCUGCAUCUUCGCAGACUUGUUCCACAGCAUUGGUCGCUAGGAUUUGGAUCGUUUAUUGGACCUCCGGUUGCUCAAGAUGCUAAAACAUACAUCCGCUCUCAGUUAAUGGAGCUGCUGGGAGAUCUAGACUCCAGAAUAAGGAACAGUGCGGCUUAUGUGAUAGUACAAAUAUCCGCAGUUGAUUAUCCGGAUGAAUGGCCAACUCUGUUGGACGACUUGUACACUGGUGUUCUUAGUGAAGGUCAGAAGUCAGUCAAUCUGAAGUUGGGUUCGCUGAGUGUUCUUCGUGAUAUUUUUGAUGAUUUGGUUAACGAGGAUCAGUUUUUCGAUGGAGGGGUAGGACCUGUCGUUUUACAGAAUUGUGAGCAGUUGCUAGUGAACCCGGAAACGCCUUUACUAGUCAAAAUUGCUUCGCUAAAGCUAUUCGCGACAUGCGUUUCGCAGAUGGAGAACGCAGACAUCUGGUCCUUUCCACAACGAAAGGCGCUCAUCGAGGCGUUUGUUCCAAGAGCAUUGAGUUUUCUUAGAGAACUAUUAGUUCCGGGAAAACCUGAGAAUCAGCUGUCAAGUCUUUUGAACAUCUCGUAUCUGACAGAGAUAUUUUCAGUCACUUGCAGCAUUGUUAAUGCAUUCAGCAGUUCCCAGCGAGAGCUAAUUGACCAACUCGAUCAAAUGUUUUAUGACCUGAUACUCUACUAUUUGGAGGGAGUCUCAAGCAUUUACUCCUCUCCUAACUUCCAGUUUCCAGACUUGGAGGAAUUUCAAAGCAACCAGACAGAGUACAUCGAGCCGAAGGAUGUGGUCAGGAAUAUGAUUAUGGUGGUGAUUCCAUUGAUCCCUCUCAUUUUCCAAGAAAAACGUGUUUCGAAAGUUGAAACUCUCUCCGCCAUCUUACAAGCGUUGUCGCAAAUCACUGACGACUGUAUCGAAAGCUGGGACGAAGAUUUCAAUGAGUUUGUAUCGAAAGAAACUGAAAUAUCCAUAUACAAGGAUGUCAGAGAUGUGGUGCAGAUUGCCGUAUCAGAAAUUUCAGGGUAUUCUGCCAUGGAAAUGUUCAAAACUUUGUUAACCAGCUUUCAGAAUGAUGCUGAGAACAAUUCCCUGAGUUGGAAAACUAAAGAAGCCAAUCUAUUUCUCAUGAGUUCAUGCCUUCUAAGCGACGACGACUUUCCAACAACAGGUCCAGAGCUCUCUCUUGAGGGCCUUGUUGCUGGAUUUUCCAGCAUGCUGACAGCCUCAGCUGGUCAAGUUGGUGGAAGCAUGAGUGACCAGCUUUUCUUUGCAAGACUUACAUGUUUUAUACCCAGGCUUUUUGAACAGUUCAAGAGCGAGUCUUCUGAAGAUCUGGCUUUGAGCACAGUGAAUUCUUAUCUGCAAGCAUCAUCAUUCUUCGAUCAAAACUCCAUGGAGAUUGUCAAGUGCUCAAUUUUGAUCGGCUUUUCAUAUCUCUUACCCUACUUGCCGGAGGAAGGACUUGGAAGAGAUCAUCAGCUAGCUCUGAUGAAGCUGAUUGAGUUGCUAUUAGUCGACUCGGAAGAGGAUACCAGGAUCAUGUUGCUUGAAACUCUGAAGAAUGCCAUUGACAUCGACAAUACGUCUUUAGACUCAAAGACUAUUGGUCUGAUUUAUGAUAUUUCGUUGAAGUACGCCUCAUCAUUUUCAAUUACCCAAAAUGCUAUAGAAUGCAUUGAAAGUGUUCUCCAUGGUUCAGAAGAGCAGCAGUACCUCUCGCUAUGCGAUGCCGGUUUGAGUCCGCUUUUGAAAACUUUUGUGGAUACCAUAAACUCCACAAACGGUAACAUUGAGUACUCGCCAGAGUUGGUGUUUGCGCUCGAUAUUUUGACCAUUUUCAUGAAAGAAGCCCGUUUGGAUGCGUCUGGCCAGAUGCCAGUACCUGUGUUCGAACAGGUGUUUCCCAUAAUCUCGAAGCUCACAUUCGAAACAUCAGAUGACCAGCUGCUGCAGUCCGUAUCGGAAACAUACGUUCAACUCUUGGAACGCUCCUCGAGGUUGAUUGCUCAGUACUCAGAGGGUGAUGGUGAUUCAAACGGCUUUGAAAUUUUACUCAAAAUCAUUUCAAAGUUUCUUUCACCCGAUCUCGGGGAUUCGGCUAUUGCAAAUCUGGGUGACCUUAUUAUUGCACUCAUUCACCAGUUCCAAGACCAAUCAGCCAUGGGUCAAUUUUUUGAAGAAAUCCUGAAAGCAGUGACGGUUAGACUGAUAGCCGCAAAGAACAUUGUGGCCAUAGCCAGUCUUACAUUGGUGUUUUGCGACUUGGCGGUCAAUAGCACUCGUCAAACAAUUGACUUUUUGUCUGGGUUUCAGGUCUCGGUAGCAAAUGCCCCGAAAACUGCUCUCGAGGUGGUGAUGCCAAUGUGGUUCGACAGUUUUGAGAUUGUCGCAGGUCACGCUCAAAUUGUGAAAAACAUCGAGGCAUUCACUCAAAUAUUGUACCUUAACGAUGAAAGACUUUCAAAUCUCAUUGUUAAUGGUGACGCAUUGCCCAUGCAGGUGGACCCCAACAUUAUCAUCACCAGAUCUAUGGCCAAGAACUACCAAACCAGAUAUUCUCAGAUACCAGCUACCGUGAAGAUGACAAAGCUGCUUGUUCAAGAACUGAAAUCUCAGUCAGAAUCGCAGAACAAUGUGGAUGACGCUAUAGAGGGAGCAAUGGAUCCUAACAAAGUUGCUCAAGCAGCUGAAAAUGACGAUGAUGGCUGGGAAGAUCUGGAUGAUGUUGGAGUUCCUUCGUUUCAGAAACUCCAGUCAUUUGCAGACGACGACGAGGAAAAAGAACACAGUGCUUUUUCUGAUCAAGAUACUCUGGAGCUCUUGAAACAAUUCUUCAAACAAUUUGCAUCGAAACCGGAGUACAAUUUUGAGACGAUCUACCAAUAUUUGUCAGACGAAGAGAAGAAGUCUCUGACUGAGUAUGUUUUCUUCUAG